AUGGCCCCGAGGCAUUUUAAAGUAAAUCUGGAAGAAAAGACUCUCAUUGGAGCACGUACUUUACGGGAUAGUUCUCUUAAAUCGAUUACUGAAAUUCAUAAAUUCGCUAUUAAGUUUAAGUCUGACAUUAGCCUUAAAGAACAGUUUGAAGUACGCGUUCGUCAAUUAAGUGUUCUCGAAAAACAGUUUCGCGAACAUCAACAGGCUAUUGUAAACGCGUUAAUAGAACUCAAUCGCGUCGAAGAGUUCGAUAGUAUCGAUUCGACAGUGACCCUCGAAAUGGAAAACAUGUUUUAUGAUAUUAGUGCUGCUGCGUCCUUAGUUCAAAAUGUGAACACAUCGCAACCCGCUGUUGCUAUGCCCAGUCAUUCUCAGUCAUUAUAUAACAACAUGUAUGCGAAUAUGAAUUUAAAAUUUGAUGGUAGUAUUACAGACUGGACUACUUUCCGUGAUACAUUUGAAUCUAUUGUGAAUGUCGAUUCUAAUAAAAUUAGGCGAUUCAAUUUCCUUCUUUCGUGUUUGUCCGGUUCCGCGCUCGCUGUUAUAAAAUUUAUACCAAUUACGAAAGCCAAUUAUGAUAUAGCGUGGAGCGCACUUACCGAUAGGUAUGAAAACAAAAGAGUGUUAGCAAUAGCACAUUUGGACAAAAUCUUUGCAUUUCGACCUAUAAAUAGUGAAUCACUUUCAUCUUUGCAACUUUUUUUAAAUGUCUUCAAAGAAAAUAUCGAGGCAAUCAAAAUUUUAAGCGUAGAUGACCUGUCUGGUUUUUUGCUUUUUUAUAUUGCUUCUCGUGUACUGGAUAACACAACAAGACACUUAUUUGAAAACAGUAUAUCGCAAUCGAUUAUUCCUUCUAUGAAUGACUUGCUGAAGUUUGUUCAGCAACGUUGUAAAAUUUUGGAAAAUCUUAAAGGUUCUAAUCUAGUCGCGUCGCGUUCGGUACAGAAAAAUUCGCAGUCGCCGAAACAUUCAUUAACCACCGUCGCGUCUAAUAAUCUAGAGCCUACUGUUCAAAAUAAAAUUCAGUGUUCUUAUUGUCAAAAGGGUUCACACCCCUUUUAUCGGUGCUAUACAUUUCAAAAAAUUUCUGUUCAGAAAAGGCGUGAUCAUGUUUCUACGCACAAAUUAUGUUUUUCUUGUCUUAAACCGGGUCAUGUUGCAUCGUCAUGCGCUUUAAACUCGGUGUGUAAGAAAUGCGAGAAAAAACACCUCACUAUAUUGCACAUGGAUCAACCUGCGCCAUCUACUUCAUCAACUGCUGAUCAAAUAGGUGAUACGCCGCCGAAAUUUUCAGGUACUUCAUAUGCACAAAGUACUGUAGUAUUGGGUACUGCUGUCGUACGAGUUUGCGAUAACACCGGCUCUUACCAGCAUGUGCGUGUGUUAAUGGACAGUGGGUCCCAAAUAUCAGCGAUUACGUCAGAUUGUUUAUUACGUCUUGGUUUACCGCGUCGUAAAUGUUUCUCCGAGAUAGUCGGCUUGGCGAAAAACCGUGUAAACCAAAUAAAGGGCAGUUCUAAAUGCACGUUUAUACCACACUAUGCAUUAGAACCAGUCUUUACUUGUAAUGACUUGAUAGUUUUAUCAAACAUAACACAUCUCAUGCCGACCACGCGUUUACCACCAAAAGUACGUGAGCAAUAUCACGACUUGUUGUUCGCCGAUCCUUACUUCGACACACCCGGUACUAUUGAUAUGUUGUUGGGUGGAGAUGUCUUUCCACAUACUGUACGUCCAAAGGCGGAGAUCAUACAUAUGAAAAGUCUACCCUCCGCACUUGACACCUACCUAGGAUGGAUAUUAGUAGGUACAGUCUCGCUCACUGACACUUCGCUUCAGCCAUUGACGUCACUUGCCGUGACUCUUAGCCCAUCUGUUGAUAGUUUGUUGCGGCAAUUCUGGACAAUAGAAGAACCGUCUGCCCCGCUAAUUCCUACAACAGAAGAUGAACUCUGUAAUCACUGGUUUACACAUACUACCACACGUGAUGUAUCGGGUCGCUUUUGUGUGGCAUUACCGUUCAAAGACGAGAUUUCUGUGGGGUGUAACAAAAAUACCGCUGACAUGAACGCACCUACGCUCAACCACGGGCUUGGUGAAUCUCGUAAUUUAGCUCUCAAAAGAUUAUAUAAUCUCGAACAACGUCUUUUUAAAAAUGCAGAUUUAUACGAUGCGUACCGCAAAUUUAUGAAUGAAUAUUUGUCGCUCGGUCACAUGAAACUCGCUACGCGACCUGGCAAAUAUUUUAUCCCACAUCACGCAGUGAUAAAACAAGACGGAGAUUUAUCCAAAAUCCGUGUGGUCUUUGAUGGUAGUGCGCCAUCGUCAUCUGGUUUGUCAUUAAAUGACGUGUUAUGUGUUGGUCCAAAACUGCAGACUGACAUAAGUAAUUUGUUACUAAUGUGCCGUACACAGGACUGCGUAUACCAACAUAUCUUAUGGCGACAAUCUCCCGAUUACGAAGUCCAAGAAUUUGAGUUGCUUACCAUUACAUACGGGCUCACUUCAUCUCCAUAUUUGUCGAUACGUUGUCUACACGAGUUAGACAUGCGCGAAGGACAUGUUUACUAA